GGUGGGCGGGGCCGGGCGCGGGGGCGCGGCCGCCGCGGGUACCCACUGCCGGUGGUGCGUCACGCACGAGGCGCUACCACUGCUCGGCGCGGGGCCGGGGCGGGCCAUACCACUCUGCGGGGCGGGGGUUGCGUGCUAACGCCCGCGGUGUGAGCCUGAAGGCCGGGCCUGGACCGGGGUCUCCAGUGUCAUGGGGAGGCGCGGCGUGGUGGUGGUGACUCGGACGUCACGGUCUCUCGGGCUGGCUCGAUGUGGGUCCUGCUCCUCCCCAACGCUGACCCCCCUCCCCUUCGUGUGGGCCCGGCAGUUCCCUCCGGGUUGGAAUCCCAGGGGCGUGAGGACCGCCCAGGCCCCUGCGGGUAGGCGUGGACUCGGCCACCCGUCUAACUGUCACUCAGGGCCCCUGCCGACCUUGUGUUGCAUUAACUGGCACCUGCGUCACCCGCUUUGCGCUUUGCAGUUGUGCCUGUCUGCCUGAGCAUCUGUGAUCCACAAACUGGCAGGGAGAGAAGAGGGAAAUUAAUGUGCCCUUAGAACUUUACCACUCUUGUCCAUUUUAGACAGUUCUGGGAAAGGCAGUCAUUAAGUUACUAUUUAUUGAUCACCUUCUGUGAUUAGCGAAACGAAAAAGCCUUCGUUAUGGAUGGACAGGAGAAAAAAAAAACAAUAAAGCAAAUAAAAAGUGUAGUUUGGGUUGAGAAGAAUGCAGUCCAGAAUGGUCAAAGAGCACAUCAAGACAGUAGCUAUUGGGCAGACUUGAGGAGGGUAGAGAUGCCUGGAAAACUUAGACAGCGGACCUGCAAGUGCAAAGGCUCUAGGAGAGGAUGAACCUGGCAUGUUCAAGAGAAGAAGGGAAGAGUGGCUGGAAAGAGGCAGAGCCAUGGGCUGGGAGCAGGAUGGAGGAAGUGAGGUCAUGGAAGUGGGAGGAAAUGACAGUAGUGCUGGUAGGACCUGCUGCUGGAUUGGAGGAGAAUGUGAGGGGCGGGGAGCUGAAGCCCCAGUCUCUGCUCUCUGGCCAGAGUAAUCAGAACAAGGGGACACUUGCUAAGCUAGAAGGGGAAGGUCCCUGGGAAGACACCAGCCCCGGCUCUGUUUGGGCAGCCAAGUAUGGGCCAGGCAUGUGCUCAACUUGCUUCAGUAUACAGUAGGAAAAUACUACUCCCUAAGAGGUCCAUAGUGUGAUGACGUCCUCCAGCAGAGCUCGGGGACUUCUCCUUAGCCUAUGUGCCCCAGUGGCUUGGACAAUGCUGGCAAAACAACCAUCCUUAAGAAGUUCAACGGUGAAGAUGUGGAUACCAUCUCCCCAACGCUGGGCUUCAACAUCAAAACCCUAGAACACCGGGGAUUCAAACUGAACAUCUGGGAUGUGGGUGGCCAGAAGUCUCUGCGCUCCUACUGGCGGAACUACUUUGAGAGCACAGAUGGCCUCAUCUGGGUGGUGGACAGUGCCGACCGCCAGCGCAUGCAGGACUGUCAGCGUGAGCUGCAGAGCCUGCUGGUGGAGGAGCGCCUGGCUGGAGCGACCCUCCUCAUCUUUGCAAACAAGCAGGACCUGCCUGGAGCGCUGUCCUCUAAUGCUAUUCAGGAGGCUCUGGACCUGGCCUCCAUCCGCAGCCACCACUGGCGCAUCCAGGGCUGCAGUGCCGUCACCGGGGAGGACCUGCUGCCUGGUAUCGACUGGCUCCUUGAUGACAUUUCCAGUCGUGUCUUUACUGCCGACUGAGCUUCUCCAGUGUCCCCAGCUCACUGUCCAGGCCCCUACCCUCAUCAGACACCAGCUUGGGGGGACAGGCACCAACCGGCAAGACUAACACUCCCAACCCUGCCGUGAUCUGCUGCUGCUACUGCUGCUCCCCCCCCCCCUCGCCCCCAGGCGAAGGCUGUCACCCUGGCUUCCAGAGUGGCCUGCAGCUGCCAUGCCUAGAGGAAAGGCUGGACUGGGAGGGAUUAUUUGCUGCUACCAAGGUCCUGGGUGUCGCCUCUAUCCAGCAGUGAGAAUAAAGCACUCCUUUCCCAGUU